UGCCUGCAUGCGCCCCCUACAGCAUUGCCAUAGCAAUUUUUCUCCGUCUCUUCUCUCAUUCGCUUCUCGUCGGCAGAGCACAACAAAAUAAGAAAUACAUAUAUCUUGUCGUGAAUAUGAAAUUGUCCCUGCACCGAUUCGCGCCAAUAUUCCUGUUCCUGCCAAGGAAAUGAAAACAAAACGUAAAACCAUAACAUAACUGGACCCAACUAAGACAAGCCGUGCCUCCACCAUUUUGAUUUCCCCACUCGUCGUGCGUGCGUGCUGCGGACUGGUCCAUGAUGCCAGUAAAAUGUGCAAAACCGAACAUAAAACAAAUUUAUCCUAUUGUUAUCUAGUAAGCCAUGGAGCGGAUUUCGCCUGAAGAAGCGGAAGCGGCCCACUUGAGCGAAGCGAGGAAGCAGAUAUUGGAAGUAGCCAGGAAUCGGCCGGGAACCCAAGUGGCCAAGUGCAUCCGCGCCUACGAUGAGCAACAGGAGCUCGCCUUGCUAGUUGUCCUCCUCGAAGAGCUCUCCAAGAACACGGACUACUCCACGGAUCUACGGAUAUCACUGGGAUAUUAUAUUGAAGAGCUACUGCGCCACUGCUUGGGACGAAAUGAUGUCUCCCGAAGAUCGGCCAUCGUGGCCGCGGGAAGUGCCCUCCAGUACUGCGGCAAGAUCUAUGGAGACCGAGUGGAGUACUUGUACCAGGUGGUGGAGCACCAGAUCGAAGCCCUGCUCACAUCGGAGUUGCAGAAGGAGACGCCCAGCGGAAGUGCUGCACCGGAGAAAAACGAGCGCAGGCCGGAGGAAACGCGCAAACGUCCCGCUAAAAAGCUAACUAACAAGGAAGUUGAUCCCUAUUUGCUCACGUUGGAACCGAAAAGGUUUAAGACCAUGUCGGACGACAAACGCUUUAACGCGGCGGGCUUUGUAAAGUGCACGAGAAAUCGGACGAUAGAAUACCUUUAUCAGGAUCACACGCCGCCCAACCUGUGGAAACAUGCGCCAAUUGUGGAUCCUCACAAUCCCUACGACCAGGAUGAGAAAAAACAGUACAAAAUGUUUACGUACCACGUAGAGCAUAGAUACAAUACGCUUCUGCCAGAUAUUCCCUUUGAAAGGCUGAAUCUCAUUAAGGAAUAUGUGCACACAAAUCAGGUGAACACCACGGAAAUUCUUAAUGAGCACAUGACCACAAAGGAAUAUCUGGACGAGUAUAUUGCGCUGGAGAAUCAAAUGCUAGCAGCCCGCUAUGGAGCCAUUGUCACAACGAGAAGAAGAUUGGUUGAUUCAGCGAGAUUAAUGGAGGACAAUUUGGAUGAGGGACUGGCGAAUGAAAUGUGCAUGGACAAGAAUCUGACAAUGGACACGGACGAAACAGUUCCUAUUGACCAAUCUUUGGUGGAUGAAAACAGCAGGUCCUUAACCACAGCCGACUCCACGAUGGACGUCAGUCAGGUGGAGAACUCUACAUUAAACGUUAGCGAAGUCGAGGCGACUUUAAGCAUCAGCCAGGCAGAAAACUCCUUAAGCGUUAGCCAAGAAGAGAAUCCUCCGCUGAGCAGCACAUUAGCCAUUAACGAGUCUAGUGUUCUGGACAGCACGAGAGUUGAACCCAUUAAAGAUCUGACUCUAGAGGAACUGCUGCUAAUCGAUUCAGGGAUCGGUUUGGAAGAAUUUUCCGAUAUUCAAAUGCAUACAGGCCAGUCUUUUGAUGAUGAGGGUGUUGUUCUUUCAGAUUUAGAAGAUCAACGCCAGUUGUCGCCCAUGUUGCAGUUGAUUAACCAAUCGGUAGAGCCAAAAACCAUUAAUAUCAUUGAGAUGGAUGCCGAUCUUAUCAUGAAUGUUCCAAGGGAGGUAAGCUAUCCCAUUCUGCUGAAUGUUAUGGGUCUCCCCAUAAAACGCCUGCGUCGGAAAUGCAUCUUUAAACUUCCACCUGAGUUCGACUUAUUCAGGCAAGCACGGCUUCCUACCAAGCGAGAGGCGUAUCCAAAAUCCCCAACCGCUCCCAGAGCUGUAUUGCAAACUGCACGAGAGGCUGCCCUAAAUGAAAGAGAAACCGGCUCCCCCAGUAACUUAGAGUUUGAUAGGGAUUUUAAUUUUCUGGGUUUCUGCCAACGCCGAACCACAUUUGACUCGGGCUUCGAUUUCAACGAGGUGCGUGUCUCAGGUUGUGUCUCCACCGUCGGAGAAGUUAAAACUGAGCUUGAAGACGAGCCUGAAGCCAACACCAAUAACUUAACUGAUGUGAGCGCCAGCGACGCCUUGAAUGAGAAUGUGAACCCCGCAAUGGAAAGUGGGCUUGGAGAUUCACUAGUGCAGGAAUUAAACGCUUCCACAGAACCCAAUGCGGAGAACAAUACCGCAAAUUCAUCGCAACUUGAAGUGACUGCAACAGAAUCGUCCGGAAUGCUAAGCGGACUGGAAACCACAGUGGAUUUAGGAAUGGAGAGCGCGUUAGUUAGUUCUGUAUUGGAUUCAAGUACUGAACCGAGUGCAAUGGACAGUAAUAUUCUAAAUGUCACCCAACCUGACAAUUCAGACCUAGAGAUUUCAACUGUGCAGGACCAAGAUACCUUACAUGACGAAGCAGAUGCAAAUGAUUUGCCUGCUGAAACAGCCAAUCCAGGUGUCGACGACAGCUCAUUAAUCCGGGACUGGCAUAGACGAUUGGCUCCUGCUUUGGAAGCAGCCCAUGAACGGCAGAAUUUCAACAUUAGGGACUUGGGCACCGAGAUCUUGGGCAUUUGCAAGGCGGGCAACGGAACAGCCACGUUGGCCGACGUCAUGGCUGACAAGGAUCCUAGUAUCAUGUGUCGCUACAUGCUGGCUUCCCUGGUACUGACAAACCACGGAAACGUAUCUCUGGAUUUUGGAAAUCGCGAUAAAAGUAAGCCCAUCGACAUGUCUCAGUUUCGAAUGCAUUUAAAGAGUAUGAAGCGAAUGGAAAUUAAUCCCGAGGACGAUGUGGGCAACAUAAAUGCGGCCCAGACCAAAUCGACGCAGAGAAGUAAAGAGCUAAAUGAUUCAGCUAACAAGCCAGGAACACAAACGACGGCAUCUGCAGCCACAAAACGAAAGUCUGCGGAAGCGUCUUUAUCAGAGGCCGAGAGAACAAUGCCCUUUCCCACGCGGUACAACAAGAUCAAGAUGCUGCAUUAGAUAUAAGUUCUUGCCAGAUUAUUUACCCGCAAUUGUGUACAAAUGUAAGUUUUAGUUACAUAUUAUUAGGAAGCUUGCAAUAGAAAGAAUGCUUUAGAUUAGGCUUAUCGAUUUAAGAAACAAUAUUUCUGUAAAGUAGUAGGCCAGUAUUAUCUAAGCUCGAUUUUCCUAAGCAUGAAGACGUUUUUUAGUUUUUGUUUCCUUCAUUUUUUCACUUAUUACGCUUUUAGUUGCUUUUGAAAUUUUCACAUUUUUAUUAAUUUCUAUUUCUUUUGAACAUUUUUGAUUUAUUUUACUUUACCUACGAAUAGAUUUACUUCGUAUUCUUAUUAUUUCUAUGAUUUCCUACAAAUUUUAAGAACAAAAAUAGACAAAUCAUUUUUUGAUUGACGAAGCGCGUGUUUUGGAAAUCCUUAUGAGCUGGUAGUACUAAAUUCAAGUACCUGAUCUCGUCUGUACAAAAGUAUAAACAUAAGAACUCUUCGGAAAUAAGUCAAAGUUCAAGAUAAAUUAAGGAUAAAGUGUAUAUAUGUAUGUAUUUACCAGAGUGCAAGCUAGUGUCUAUUUACAAUCAUUUUAAGAUAUAAUGUUUUUUUCGUAAGUAUAAAGUGUAGUUCUUAAGGAAUAAAACGGAACCAUGCAAUCA